CUUGACCCGACCCGACCCGACCCGGCACAGGCCAAAAAAAAUCUCAACUCUAAAGAUCCAUUUGCAAGCAUCUCAACUUCCGUCUUCCUCCCUCCAACCACCACCUGCAAAUUCCCUGAAGUAUACAUACAAGUAAUUGUAAGUACAUAGAGAGAGAAAUUUGUUAACAUAGAAAGAAUUGUAGAGAGAGAGAACACGACUCAUGGAUUCCCUGUCACCGGUAUCACCAUCUAUUGUGCUUCCCCUCGGCCGCUGCCACCUCCACCAUCGCCGGCGAAAAUCGGGCGUAUCGUUCACACGCAUCAAAUCUCUCUCCAAAAUUCGUAUUUCUAAUGAUUUUUUCGGGAGAAAGCAGCAUACGAGAUUUCACUGCAGAUUGAGCGGAGGAGAUGAAAAGGAGGAAGGUGAAAAUGAUCGAAGAGACGAGGAAUUGGAGAGAGCCCUACGGAUGGACGGCGCGAUCCCUGGGACAUCCGACGCGUUCGUUGAGCAAGUUUCUUCACGCGCGUACGGCAUGAGGAGGCAUCUUCAGCAGACCUUUGAAAGCAGUAGCUACGAUGUAUUGGAGGCAAACCCUUGGAGAGAGACUUCAAAAUCGGUUUAUGUUCUGACUCACCAGGAAAACCAGCUGUGUACAAUGAAAACCCGUAGAAAUCGCAGUGAAGUUGAAAAGGAGCUCGGGCUUCUUUUUUCUAAAGGAGCAAAACGGAGAAACCAGGCAAAGCAGUCAGGAACCAGCACCGAAUUUCAGAUGCUUGUCGAGGACGUUCGAGAGGGUGUUCUUGUAUUUGAAGAUGAAAAUGAAGCUGCUAGAUACUGCGAUUUGCUUCAAGGAGGAGGUCAAGCUUGUGAAGGUGUUGCAGAGAUAGACGCAUCAUCCGUAUUUGAUCUGUGUCAAAAGAAUAGGGCGCUCGCAGUUUUAUUCCGAAGGGGUCGAACACCUCCUCAACCUGAAAAUCUUAAGCUUAAUUUAAGGGCACGCAAACGCUCUCUUGAAGACCAGCAAGACCUGAUGUGACUACAAAUGGAACUUCUGGUAAUCUAAACAUACCUGUAACUAUAUUGUCACUGUAUUUAUUCCAGCAAUGAUAUAAUACUGUAUAUAUAUAUUUAAAGUUACAUGUACUGCCUUAAUAUUUACAUUCAACAAAUUGAUAUAUUUAUAAG